GGGCAGUACCUGCUAAACAAGCUUAGUUAAGUUAUUCCCAUGGCCUGAAGGGGCCUGUCGACAGGACUGGGGAUUCCAACCCUGAAACAGGGUAAUCUGUUGCAGCCCUUCAGUGUUUCCAGCCCUGGGCAGUGUUUCAAAGUGUGUCAUCCAGGACCAAGAGCCUGUGGAGGGAUUGCAGGGUCCUGGGAGACAGGAUCCAGGAUCUGGAGCCCGGGCUUUCUGCCUGCUGCCCACCCAGUGUACCCAGACAGCAUGCUGGCAGUGUACUUUGACCAGCCAGGUGGACCAGAAAAUCUCUACCUCAAGGAGGUGGCCAAGCCGAGCCCAGGAGAGGGUGAAGUCCUCCUGAAGGUGGCAGCCAGUGCCCUGAACAGGGCUGACUUACUCCAGAGACUGGGCCAGUAUGACCCGCCCCCAGGGGCCAGUAGCAUUUUAGGACUUGAAGCAUCGGGACAUGUGGCUGAGCUGGGGCCUGGCUGCAAGGGACACUGGAAGACUGGGGAUUUGGCCAUGGCUUUGCUCCCUGGUGGAGGACAAGCUCAGUAUGUCACUGUCCAUGAAGAUCUUCUUAUGCCUAUCCCAAAAGGACUGACCCUGUCUCAAGCCGCAGCCAUCCCAGAGGCCUGGAUUACUGCCUUUCAGCUCUUACAUCUGGCAGGCCAUGUUCAAGUUGGAGAUUAUGUGCUGAUCCAUGCAGGAUCGAGCGGUGUGGGCACAGCUGCCAUCCAGCUGACUCGGAAGGCUGGCGCUAUUCCUCUGGUCACAGCUGGCUCCCCGCACAAACUUCAAAUGGCCGAAAAUCUUGGGGCUGCUGCUGGAUUCAAUUACAGAGAAGAUUUUUCUGAAGCAACACUGAGAUUCACUAAAGGCGUUGGAGUUGAUAUUAUUCUAGACUGCGUAGGUGGAUCCUAUUGGGAGAAGAAUGUCAACUGCCUUGCUCUUGACGGCCGCUGGAUUCUCUAUGGUUUAAUAGGAGGCGCUGAUGUUAAUGGGCCCCUGUUUUCAAAACUGCUUUUUAAGCGAGGCAGUCUGAUCACCAGCUUGUUGCGACCUAGGGAUAUCAAGUACAAGCAAGCGCUGGUGAAAACUUUCACGGAGCAGAUUCUGCCCUACUUCUCCGAGGACUGCCCCCAACGUCUGCUGCCGGUGGUGGAUAGGGUCUACCAGGCGAUUGAUAUUCGAGCGGCCCACGAGUACAUGGAGGCUAACAAGAACGUGGGCAAAAUCGUCUUGGAGCUGCCCCAGUGAAGGAGGACUCCGGAGCAAACUUGGGAGUGGCUUCUACUCCCAGGACCGCCCCUGUAAAGCUGGUGUAACGAAAUAAAAGAGGAAAUGUGCAGAAAAAGGGAGGUGUGCU